AUGGCUUUGACAGUUGCAGGCGCUCAUGUGGCUGUUGGCCCUCUGCUAUCUGGUUGUUACAGCAUCGUCAAAGGAAUUAACCAGCUCCAUCAGAGUUACAAGUUCAUACCCCUGACACUGUCGUCUAUCGCCACGACCUGUAACAUGACCAGCUCAACCUUGGAACAGGUUGAGUCCACGCUCAAAGAUUAUACUGGCGCCUGGGGAAACCUUUAUCAAAACCUUCUCGAGCAGUUCGACGGCAUCCAGAUUGGAUGUACCAUGACUCUGUCCUUGCUCGAGACGCAUGUGUCGGACUUGCUCAAUAUCGCUGCCAGCGACGUACCUUCCAUGGCCCAGAAGACUGCGAGGAUCGACAAACUGAAAGCGUUGUACAACGAAUCCGACAUGAAGGAACUCUUCGGUCAAUUCAAAGACUAUAACGCUCUGUUGAACACAGUCCUCCAUCAUCUGCAGAGGUAG